AUGUUUCGAGCAGCAGUCCCCAGCGGCGCGUCCACUGGUAUCUACGAAGCGCUGGAGCUUCGAGACAACGACAAGUCGCGUUUCCUCGGAAAAGGGGUCCUGCAGGCCGUGGAUCAUAUCAACAGCACUGUCGCCCCAGCUCUCGUGGGCUCUGGCCUCUCUGUUGUGGAUCAAGAGAAGAUAGACAAUCUGAUGCUUGAGAUGGAUGGCACAGAGAACAAAUCCAAGUUUGGUGCCAAUGCUAUCCUGGGAGUUUCGCUGGCCGUGUGCAAGGCGGGAGCUGCAGAGAAGGAUGUCCCCCUGUACCGGCACAUUGCUGACCUGGCCGGCAACUCCGAUCUCAUCCUUCCUGUGCCAGCUUUCAACGUGAUCAAUGGAGGUUCCCACGCAGGCAACAAACUGGCCAUGCAGGAGUUCAUGAUCCUGCCUGUGGGAGCUGAAAGCUUCCGCGAUGCCAUGCGCAUUGGGGCUGAAGUCUAUCACAACCUCAAGAGUGUCAUCAAGGAGAAGUAUGGCAAAGAUGCUACCAAUGUGGGUGAUGAGGGAGGCUUUGCACCAAACAUCCUGGAAAAUAGUGAAGCUCUGGAGCUCCUCAAGGAAGCUAUUGACAAGGCAGGCUACACGGACAAGAUUGUCAUUGGUAUGGACGUGGCAGCCUCUGAGUUCUACCGUGAUGGCAAAUAUGACCUGGACUUCAAGUCCCCAGAUGACCCAAGCCGCUACAUUUCUGCAGAUGAGCUGGGUGACCUCUACCAAAGCUUUGUACGUGAUUAUCCAGUGGUCUCCAUCGAGGAUCCCUUUGACCAAGAUGACUGGGAGGCCUGGUCCAAGUUCACAGCCAAUGUGGGGAUUCAGAUAGUGGGAGACGACCUGACAGUGACAAACCCCAAGCGCAUCGAACGAGCUGUUGAAGAGAAGGCCUGCAACUGCCUCUUGCUCAAAGUUAACCAGAUUGGAUCCGUCACGGAGGCCAUCCAAGCCUGCAAGUUGGCCCAGGAGAAUGGCUGGGGUGUGAUGGUGAGUCACCGAUCUGGGGAGACCGAAGACACCUUCAUUGCUGAUCUGGUUGUAGGACUGUGCACGGGGCAGAUAAAGACGGGUGCUCCCUGCAGGUCUGAACGCCUGGCUAAAUACAACCAGCUCAUGAGGAUUGAGGAAGAGCUUGGCGACGAAGCACGCUUUGCCGGACACAACUUUCGCAACCCAAGUGUUCUUUGAACAUUGUCCCCAGGGCACAGCCACCCUGCUGCUCUUUCCCACCUCACAGACUCUGAAUCCCUCUUCUCUCCAUUGCUCCCUUUUUUGCUCUUUUUCCCUGCCACCUGGUUCCCUCUCCCCUCAAAACCCCUCAAGUUCAGGUGUCCCCGGCUAGAUGUACCCAGGUGAAGGAUGAGAGAGAGGCCUACACCCUGUCCCUUGCUUUGGGGUCAUAAGCAUUUCUGGAUCUAGGCAUUGUGUGUCUUCUGUUUUUUGUGCAGGGCCGUGUCUGAGCCACUCUGUUCACAUGUUAAGACUAUGGGAGCAUGCUGCCUGGUGUGUUUCCCUUGUACGCCGAAGCAUGUGCAGUGAACAUAUGUGCGUCGACUGGUGUGUUUGGACAAGUGUCACACCUGUAGCUGUGUUUGGACGAGUGUCGCCAGUGGCUCGCUCUUGUUGUGCAUGUGUGUAGGUGUAUGUGUAGUGGCCUACGGCGUCCUUGUGCCCCAGGCGUGUGUUUGCGCUGAGCCCUGGUGGGUCCCACGAGUCCCCUCCUUCCACCCCAAGCGCCGUGCUG